AUAUACAAUAAUAAAUAGAUAUACUGCAAAACUUAAUUUUUACUUUAUUGAAUUUCUAUCAUGUCAAAACGAAGGAAUUCGACUGACUCCGGUUGCGAUGACGAAUCCAUCGACAACCAAACCCAAGAAUCAUACUUGGGAUUUAAUGAAGACACCAGCAGGGAUGUUCAACAACUAGCCAGAACCCUCACCCAAGAAUCAGCCGCAUCUGUGGGCUCAUCCCUGGCUGCCCUUAUGAAAUACUUAUCCACCAUAGAUGAAGCUCCUGGUAUCAACCCUUACCAAGAGGAAAUCACUGAUCCGGAACUAGACCCGGAGUCGCCCCAAUUCAACGCCAAGUACUGGGUCAAGAACUUGAAGGCAUUGUACUUGUCUGACCCUGACUAUUUCAAGCCAAACAAAUUAGGGGUAGCUUAUCGGAACUUACGGGCCUAUGGUGUUGCCAAUGAUGUUGAUUACCAAACUACCGUGGCCACCGGGUUUAUCAAGUUUAUUGUGGAUGGAUUGAGGCAUCUCAGAAAGGAAGACAAAUCGAGAUACUUUGAUAUUUUGAAACCUAUGGAUGCAUUGUUGAAACCCGGGGAAAUCACUGUUGUUCUAGGAAGACCCGGUGCUGGUUGUUCCACCUUGUUGAAAACCAUUGCCGUCAAUACCUACGGGUUCCACGUUGACAAGGAAUCCAAGAUUUCCUACGAUGGGUUGACUCCAUCAGAUAUUGAAAAGCAUUACCGUGGUGAUGUCAUUUAUUCUGCUGAAACUGAUGAUCAUUUCCCUCAUUUGACCGUGGGUGACACUUUGGAAUUCGCAGCCAGACUUAGAACACCCCAGAAUAGAGGGUUGGGCAUUGACCGUGAAACCUAUGCCAAACACAUGGCCAAUGUGUAUAUGGCCACUUAUGGUAUUUUGAAACAAAGAGACACCCCUGUAGGUUCAGAAUUUGUCCGUGGUUGUUCUGGUGGUGAACGUAAGAGAGUGUCAAUUGCUGAAGUUUCAUUAAGUGGGGCUAAUUUGCAAUGUUGGGAUAAUGCCACUAGAGGGUUAGAUGCAGCUACUGCUUUGGAAUUCAUUCGUGCUUUAAAGACAUCUUCAACUAUCUUGGACGUCACACCCAUUAUUGCGAUCUAUCAAUGUUCUCAAGAUGCUUAUGACUUAUUUGACAAUGUGUCGGUGUUGUAUGACGGUUACCAGAUCUAUUUCGGUAAGGCUGACAAAGCCAAGGAAUUCUUUACCAAUAUGGGCUGGUUCUGCCCCGACAGACAAACCACCGCUGAUUUCUUAACAUCAUUAACCAACCCUGCUGAAAGAAUUGCCGCUCCAGGUUACGAAGGAAAACUUCCUCGAACUGCCCAUGAAUUUGAACAAUACUGGAAAAACUCACCCGAGUACAAGCAAUUAGUCACUGAUAUCGAUCAAUACUUUAUUGACUGUGAAGCAUUAAACACCAAACAAUCCUACCAUACUUCCCAUGUUGCAAGACAAUCCAACCACAUCCCCGCCAGAUCUCCUUAUACUGUCUCCUUCUGGAUGCAAGUGAAGUACAUUAUGGGGAGAAACUUCCUUAGAAUGCGGGGUGAUCCUUCGAUUCCAAUAUUCACCAUUUUCGUCCAGGGUAUUGUGGGGUUAAUCCUUUCAUCGUUAUUCUUCAACUUAGAUCAGACCACAAAUUCGAUGAACUUUAGAGGAAUGGCACUUUUCUUUGCCGUGUUAUUCAACGCCUUUGCUUCAUUGCUAGAAAUAAUGUCACUUUUCGAAGCCAGAAAGAUUGUCGAAAAGCACAAGAAGUACGCCUUGUACCGUCCUGCAGCCGAUGCCCUAGCGGGUAUCAUCACUGAACUUCCCGUGAAAUUCUUGAUGUCGCUCACGUUCAAUAUCACUUUCUAUUUUAUGAUUAAUCUUAGACGAGAGCCGGGCCGAUUCUUCUUUUAUUGGUUGAUGGGUAUGUGGUUGACCUUGGUUAUGUCGCAUCUAUUCCGGUCCAUUGGUGCUGUGGCUACGUCUUUAGCCCAAGCCAUGACUCCUGCUGCUGUUUUGUUAUUGGCUAUGGUUAUUUAUACUGGGUUUGUCAUUACUACUCGUGAAAUGUUAGGAUGGGCUCGAUGGAUCAACUAUAUCAAUCCGGUGGGGUAUGCCUUUGAAUCGCUUAUGGUUAAUGAAUUCCAUGGAAGAUACUUUGAAUGCGCCAAUUUUGUCCCUCACGGUGGUAUUUACGAAAACAUCCCUAUGGAAAAUCGGGUGUGUACCACAGUAGGUGCCCAACCAGGUGAACUUAUGGUCAGUGGAACUACAUUCUUAAAGUUGGCGUACAACUAUGAAAACGUGCACAAGUGGAGAAACUUGGGGAUAUGUAUCGGGUAUGCUUUCUUCUUCUUGGGAAUCUACAUUCUGUUGACUGAGUUCAACAAAGGUGCUAUGCAAAAGGGAGAAAUUGCUUUGUUCUUAAGAUCUGGGUUGAAACUGUUGAAAAAGAGAAAGCAAUUGUUGGAGAAGACUCAGGAUAUCGAGAAUGCCACCAAUGAAAAGGUGCCACUUGCUGAAGACCUUGGUUCUAGUGAUAACAAAGAAGGUGAUUCUAGUGAAUUGAGUGAUUUGGCUACCGAGAAAGAAAUCUUCUUCUGGAGAAAUUUGACAUAUGAAAUUAGAAUCAAGAAGGAAGACAGAAUCAUCUUGGAUCAUGUUGAUGGUUGGGUUAAACCAGGGCAAAUUACCGCCUUGAUGGGUGCCACUGGUGCUGGUAAGACUACACUUUUGAACUGUUUAUCGGAAAGACUUACUGUUGGUGUUAUUACCGAUGGUGUUAGAAUGGUUAAUGGGCAUUCAUUAGAUUCCUCAUUCCAAAGAUCAAUUGGAUAUGUUCAACAACAAGAUUUACAUUUACCUGCGUCUACCGUGAGAGAAGCCUUACGAUUCUCGGCAUCUUUAAGACAAUCUAAUUCUAUCCCAGACAAGGAAAAGGAUGCUUAUGUGGAUUACAUCAUUGACUUAUUGGAAAUGGAAGAGUAUGCCGAUGCCAUGGUUGGUGUUGCCGGUUCGGGUCUUAAUGUCGAACAAAGAAAGAGAUUGACUAUUGGGGUUGAAUUAGUUGCCAAGCCCAAAUUGUUGCUUUUCCUAGAUGAACCUACUUCUGGAUUGGAUUCCCAAACUGCCUGGUCUAUUUGUAAGUUGAUGAGAAAGUUGGCUGAUCAUGGCCAAGCUAUUUUGUGUACUAUUCAUCAACCUUCUGCUUUGCUUUUGACCGAGUUUGACAGAUUGUUGUUUUUGCAAGCUGGUGGACAAACAGUUUAUUUUGGUGACUUGGGUGAAAACUGUCAGAGUUUGAUUGACUACUUUGAAAAAUACGGUGCUGAUCCAUGUCCUAAAGAUGCUAAUCCUGCAGAAUGGAUGUUGCAAGUUGUUGGAGCUGCUCCUGGUUCCCAUGCCAAAGAUGACUAUUUCCGAGUGUGGAGAAACUCGCAAGAGUAUCAAGAGGUGCAACAUGAAUUGGACAAGAUGGAAGUUGAGUUGGCCAAAUUACCACGAGUCGAUGAUCCUGAAUCCCAUUUGAAGUAUGCUGCUCCUUGGUGGAAACAAUACUGGUUGGUUACUAUUAGAACUAUUGUUCAAGACUGGAGAACUCCCAAUUAUAUCUACUCCAAGUUGUUUUUAUGUUUGGCUACUUCCUUGUUUAAUGGGUUCUCAUUCUUUGGUGGAAAAUUGUCGCUACGUGGAUUGCAAAAUCAGAUGUUUGCCAUUUUCUUAUUCUUUGUUCCGUUUAAUACCAUGCUUGAACAGUUGUUGCCAUACUACAUGAGUCAAAGAGAUGUUUAUGAAGUGAGAGAACGUCCAAGCCGUACAUUCAGUUGGUUUGCCUUCUUUGCUGGUCAAUUGAGUUCCGAGAUUCCUUAUCAGAUUGUUGUUGGUACAUUGUCAUUCUUCUGUUGGUACUAUCCUUCGGGUCUUUACAAGAAUGCUCAACCUACUGGUCAAUCAGAAGCCCGUGGUGCUAUGAUGUGGUUAUUAAUUGUUAGUUUCUACUGCUAUACCACUACCAUGGCCCAUCUUUGUAUUUCCUUCAUCGAGAAACAAGAGAAUGGUGCCAAUUUGGCUCACUUGCUUUUCCAAAUGUGUUUAAUGUUCUGCGGGGUGUUGGCUGGUCCCGAUCAAAUGCCAGGGUUCUGGAUAUUCAUGUAUCGUGCCAAUCCAUUUACUUACAUCACUCAGGCGAUCUUGGCUGUUGGUUUAGCUAACACAAACGUGGUGUGUGCUCCUCAAGAAUACGUUUCGAUUAAUCCUCCUGCAAACUACACCUGUGAUCAGUUUAUGGGUCCAUAUAUCCUGAAGGCUGGAGGUUACGUGCUUACUGAUGAGAAUGGCCAAUGUCAGUUCUGUCAGAUGGACAGCACUAAUGAGUUCUUAGCUACUGUUGGGUCGUAUUUCCAUCAAAGGUGGAGAAACUAUGGGAUUUUUGUUGCAUUCAUUGGUAUCAAUGUCAUCCUUAGUAUCUUCUUGUAUUGGUUAGCACGAGUGCCCAAGGGGAAUAGAGAACGUAAGAGCAAGAGAAAGGAGAGGAUCCAGAAGUUGGUUAGUUCGUUAAAGAGGAAGUAGGAAGUGUGUUUUUUUUGUUAAUAGUGUUUGUUUUAAUGCAUAGUUAGAAUAUUA